AUGCCCUCCUUCGCCAAUGACGGGGCAGCUACUGCUACGGCCACACAUCCUCGUCCGUUUGAUUCACCGCGAGGGAAACCGCGCGAUAAGGGUUCCGUGGGAAAUACAUUUCUGUGGACCAACUGGCCCAAUGGUGACACGAACCAGAUCGAUUCUCACUCGAAUGAUCGCCAGUAUCUUCCGGACCUGAAGAAUGGCAGUGCCUACUCUCUGAACAACGGCCCCCGAUCAAGUGCCAGCUCCUACACGCGAGACCCUCCGCUUUCGAAAGAUGGCAGUAUGCAUUCAAUAGGAAACGGUUCACUGCGAGACCCAAGGGAAACAGGACGAGUUUCAAUGACGUUGGAGAAAGAUAUCGCUCGCAAGUCUUUCGAUGUGGGAGCCAGCGCUGGCGUUGGCUCAGCGACACCGUCGAUCUCUAGCAGUCACCAGCUGAAUGGUAGGUCACCGAGCCCGCGUCAAGUCAAUGGGAGGGCCUUGAUCAACGGAGAUCAUUCUCAACCGUCCGUCGAUGAGCUGGCCUCUUCGAACUCGACGGCUCUGACCAACGGAAACGUUUCGCCGAUUUCGCAUUCUGAAGACACCGACCGUCCUUCUUUUGAGCCCGAUCGGUUAUCAGCGUCACAGACGACUACCACUUACCGUUACUCUUCCCCCCCUCUACCAUCCGCCGGCGACAGUAUCCAAUCACAAGACCCAGCAGCGUCAGGUCUGCGCCAUCGACACACAUUGCAAGUCCCGAAAGCGACAAGCAGCCGUCGCAAUAGCCGCGAUCACACCGACGACAUCGCCUACAGUAGUGGUCGUUUAUCUCCCACAACGGGGGCGACCCGCCGGGCGUCUCUCAGCUUGGUACGGCGAGCCACAAAAACCAACCGCUCAGAUUCGUUCCCUGAUGAGGCGAAUCCGGACGACGAUGCAGCGCGUUGGGCGGAGGCGAUCAAGCAUCGGAGAGCUUCGCGGAAGAAACGCCGUGACGACGACGACGACGAUCGCGUUAUCGUUGGGACUAAAGUCGAUCAGAACCAUGUCAACUGGGUGACAGCAUACAAUAUGUUGACGGGAAUCCGCUUCACCGUCUCCAGGAUCAACGCGAAGAUGGACCGAGAAUUGACGCCGGCGGAUUUUGUCGCCAAGCAUAAAUUCUCUUUUGAUAUUACGGGCAACGAGUUAACACCUUCCGCCAAGUACGACUUCAAAUUCAAGGAUUAUGCGCCCUGGGUGUUCCGGCACUUGCGAGCCAAGUUCCGUCUGGAUCCCGCCGACUAUCUCAUGUCCCUGACCAGCAAGUACAUCCUCUCGGAGCUGGGCUCCCCCGGAAAGAGUGGAAGUUUUUUCUAUUUCUCCCGGGACUACAAAUACAUCAUCAAAACCAUCCAUCAUUCCGAACACAAACUGCUCCGAAAGAUCCUCCCCGAGUACUACAAGCACGUGGAACAAAACCCGAACACAUUGAUUUCGCAAUUUUACGGUCUCCAUCGCGUCAAGAUGGCAUAUGGUCGCAAGAUCCACUUCGUUGUCAUGAACAAUCUGUUCCCGCCCCACCGUGAUAUCCACCAGACCUUCGACCUGAAGGGGUCAACAAUCGGUCGGGAUCUGAGGGAGGAUGACCUCGAACGGAACCCGCGAGCUACGCUGAAGGAUCUAAACUGGCUCCGGCGGGGUCGUCACCUCGAGUGUGGGCCGACGAAACGGGAUUUUUUCAUCAAGCAGCUCGAACGGGAUGUGGAGUUACUGAAAAAGCUCAAGAUCAUGGAUUACUCUCUUCUGGUCGGUAUCCACGACCUUGGCAGAGGUAACGAGGAGAAGCUUCGCGACAAGACCUUGCAAGUCUUCCAACCAGGGGGCGAUCGGGAGGAAGAGGCGAGCCCGAAUAUGCUGAUGCGCACUCCGUCCAAGCUGGAAAACGAGCGCAAGGCCCGUGAGCUGCGGAUGCUCAUCAAGCGGGAACGUCCAGUGCCUCUCGAUAAAGCUGCCGCAAAGAUGCCCGAGGAGAUUCUCGAUGAACGAAAGUAUCACAUCUUCUAUGCCGAUGACGGCGGGUUCCGGGCCACUCAUGAGAAUGGUCAUCCUGGCGACGAAAUUUACUACCUUGGGAUUAUUGACUGCUUGACUCAUUACGGAACUGUGAAGAAGUUAGAAAACUUCUUCAAAGGUCUCUCGCAUGACCGAAAUCACAUCUCACCGAUUCCACCUGAGGGCUAUGGUGAUCGAUUCGUCAAAUUCAUCAAGGGCAUCACUAUGUCCAAAGAGGAGGCUGCGCGACAUCAGGAGGCUCGAUCGCAGGGCAAGGUCUCUGCUGAACGAUCGGCCUCCGUGGAACGUACGAUGCAGGCGGCGGAGAAGGAGGCCUCAAAGGACGUCUCUGUUACACAUCCUCGGACAUUAUCGACCGUCUGGGAUCCCGUGGACGUCAAUGGACCUGGUCCGACGUCGACGUUGCCGAUCGUGGAUGAAGCCGGCGAGGGCAGCAGUGUUGGUGGAGUGAGUCACAACAGUCGACAAGGACCCCCUUCAACAGAAAAGGACCUACCUCCUUUGCCAAAUGACGCAAAAGGGAAAGGUGUGUCUCACCACGGCCAGAAUGGCCUCUCACCUCUGUCAGCAGCUCGAUAA